AUGAAGACUCGCAUAAGCAACUCGGUCAUUGUCGGAGCGAUCCUUGGCGUUGUGGUUUUCGGAUACACCUCAGAUAUGUUUUCACGACGCGCUGGAUUGCUCUUUACAUCCUCCUUGGUCGCAAUCGGCACUUUGAUGGCGGCACUGGCUCUGCAGGUACAUCCCUCGAGCAAGAUGCUGUGGUAUUUUGUUGUAGUUCGUGGAAUUGCUGGAUUCGGCGUGGGAGGUGAAUAUCCUCCUAGUGCCGCUGCUGGCAUUGAAGAAUCGGACUGGGUCAGCAUAUCGCCUCUUCCUACCUUGGAUACAUUCUCACGAUUUUUAGAUCCUGCGUAA